GCGCCCGACCAGCAAUCCGGAGGCAAAGGCGAGCGCACCGCGCGCACACGCCUUUCCCCCAUUCCCUCCGCCACGCACCUUCCAGAUCCCACCACGCCCAAGCUCGAAGCCAUGGCCUUCUCGCGCCUCCUCCCCUCCCGCCGCCUCCUCUCCACCCUCCUCCACACCCCCACCCCGACCCCCGCCGCCCGCUUCACCGACGCCGCCACCGCCACCCCGUUCGCCCACAAUCUCCAGCCCGCCCGCUUCCUCUCCGCGACGCGGCGGGCGGGGCCGGGCGCCCCGCGGCAGCCCCGCGCGGCGGACAUCGGCGCGCGGGCGCGGCAGCUGCAGAGCCGGCGCCUCUGGACGUACGCGCUCACCUUCGGCUGCGCGGCGGGGUUCGUGGUCACGGUGCUCGCCACGUUCCAGGACCAGCUCGUCUUCUACCUCACGCCCACGGACGCGCUCGCGCGCUUCGCCACCGACCCCGCCAAGGCCCGCUGCCGCCUCGGCGGGCUCGUGCUCGAGGGCUCCGUCGCGCACCCCUCCUCCUCCGCCUCCGAGAUCGAGUUCGUCGUCACCGACCUCGUCACCGACGUCCUCGUCCGCUACGAGGGCGCGCUCCCCGACCUCUUCCGCGAGGGCCACUCCGUCGUCGUCGAGGGCUUCCUCAAGCCCCUCACCGACGACCUCCGCCGCGACGGCGCGGGCAGGAAGGUCUCCGAUAAGGCGCGGGAGGGCGCGUGCUUCCUGCAGGGCACCGAGGUGCUCGCCAAGCACGACGAGAAGUACAUGCCCAAGGAGGUCGGCGAGGCCAUCGAGCGCAAUAAGAAGCAGAUCGAGGCGGACGCGGCUGCUGCAGCAGCUGCUGCUGCUGCCGAGGAGACCCCAACUGUUGCGGCCGAUGCAAGCUCGUAAGGUUUUUUCCGUUGUGCUUUACGAUUUACAGUAGUAGAUCUGAAGUGCGUGAUUGAUUGAGGCAUAGAUAGAUUCAAUUGUCCGAAUGAGUUGGGCACGCUCUGCAGCUAUGAUUCGAUUGAAGCUGUUGUAAUUGGAGGAGUAGUGUUUUCGAGCCCCGGAAAAGGGAAUUUUGGCUAGGGGAAUAACGGAAACUGAUCAGGUCAUGAUCCAUUCAACAUGAUUAUACGUAUUCUUUUGGGUAGCAA